CUGUUGGAAUUUAUAUACCACCAAACCCUCCAAGAGAAGCACCUGCACCAGGACUACCUAAAACAUUUACAUCGUCACAUGGACACAGACACAGGCAUGCACCAAAACCAACACAACAACCAACACAACAAACCAGACAACCACCUCCACAACCAGCACAACAACCAACACAACAACCAACACAACAACCAACACAACAACCAGCACAGCAACAACCACAAACAGAGCAAGGACAUAAAAGAAGUAGAGAACAAGGAAACCAAGAAUUCUUAA